AUGUUCGCUGUCCGCGCCGCACGCGCCGCUGCGCCGCGCGCCUCAACGUCGAGCCUCUGCCAGCGCUCGUAUCGUACUACAGCUGUUGCACGUGCUCUCGCAGACCCAUUUGCGGACCAGGACCUCCCGCCAACCGCCGACCCUACUCUCUACCCGAAAUUGGUAGACACAAAUCCCAUGCGCACUGCAGAGGCUGCUAUGGCAGGAACGGCCACAAUCAAACAGCACUACGUACACAUAACAACCACCCAAAACAACACUCUCAUAACGCUCUGCGACGACCGCAAGACGCCCAUCAAAGAUGGAGUAUGGUCCGGAGGCAUGGUCGGCUUCAAGGGCAGCCGUAAAGGAGAAUUCGAGGCGGGUUACCAGUGUGCGGUCAGCGCUUUCAAGCGUAUGGAGGAACUAUACGAGAGGGAUCCCGGUGUACGCUUUGAACUGCUGUUCAGCGGAGGCGGGAAGGGACGUGACGCUGUUGUGCAAGCGUUGACACUGGCCGAGGGCGAGAAGGUCCGCGGGCUAUGCGGAGAGUAUAGUGCCAUAUUUCGCGACUUUAUUGUCCUUUUUGCUUGUGCGCAUCGCUAUCAUAUACUGUCUUAA